AAUGUGUUACCAAUAAAAACAAUAUACACUGCAAUUUUACCCAAUUUCUGAUCAAAACUGACAAGUGCAAGUACAUGAGGUUGCUCCAAUAACACCAGCCAGUCGCCAUGAACACCCUAAUGCGCCGUGUCCAGCAGCUACACCACUGGCGCACAUAUUGCAUAAAACAAUGCGCCGUCGCCGGCACAGAAGCCGCAGCCAAAGGCAAACCCAAUUACGAGGAGCUCAUUGGCAGUCGACAUCAGCAGGCACAACGGAGCAUUGUGGUGCAGGUCAGCUCAGAGAAGUCUUACAAUGAAUUGUAUAACUACUGCAGCAGAUUUGGACGCAUUGUUACUGCCCACCAUUACUGUGUGCAGCAUGAGGAUGAGCUACACUACAUGCUGCUAGAGUAUGCCAAUCCCGGCGAGGCAACAGCCGCCAUUGACUCCAGUGCCUAUAAUGCCGAACUGAGCUCAAGUGCAGGAGGAGCUGGAAGUGGAGGUGGAAUACCGGUGCGAUCGCCUUUCCUCUGGUUUAGGGCAGCAGCCGCUGGCAGACGCACUCAAGCUAAACUCUCGGCAAACCACAAAACCCUACCGCUGGCCACAAUUGACGGCACACGGCCGCUGGGUCAGGAGCAUUUGCAGACACUGUUGCGUGGAGCCGAGAGCAUUGAGCAACAGCUGCUGUUGCUCUACGAGCACACGCGUUUGAAUGACUUGGGCGUGCGAAUGCGCUUCCUGGCAGCGCUUCAGGUGCAGCAGGCCAUCUCGGGCAUGUUCCCGGAUGCAAGAGCUCAGCCAUUUGGCUCCUCGGUGAAUGGCUUUGGCAAAAUGGGCUGUGAUUUAGAUUUAAUAUUGCGUUUCGAUGGCGAAACUACAGCCAAUGGUCAGCGCGAAUUGUCGCGUCUUGUUUACCACACCAAGGAGAAUCUGACCAACGGUCGAUCCCAGACGCAGCGACAAAUGGAAUGCAUUGGUGACAUGCUGCAUCUCUUUCUGCCCGGCGUUUGCCAUGUCCGACGCAUUCUACAGGCGCGUGUGCCCAUCAUCAAAUAUCAUCACGAGCAUCUGGACCUCGAGGUGGAUCUCUCCAUGAGCAACCUCACGGGUUUCUACAUGUCCGAGCUGUUGUACAUGUUUGGGGAGGUGGAUCCGCGCGUGCGACCCUUGACCUUCAGCAUACGACGCUGGGCGCAGUCUUGCGGCUUGACGAAUCCGUCGCCAGGACGAUGGAUAUCGAACUUCUCGCUGAGCUGCCUCGUCAUGUAUUUCCUGCAACAACUAAGGCAACCCAUACUGCCUUCAAUAAGUGCGAUGGUAAAGGCAGCAGCUGCCGCAGACAUCAGGGUCACCGAGGAUGGCAUCAAUUGUACCUUUGCCCGCGACAUGGAACGUGUGUCAUUCCCAAGCCGCAAUACAAGCAGCCUAAGUGAGCUUCUCCUGCAGUUCUUUGAAUUCUAUUCUCAGUUCGACUUUCACAAUCGUGCGAUCUCAUUGAAUGAGGGUCGAGCGUUGGCCAAGCCAGAUCACUCGGCGAUGUACAUUGUAAAUCCACUGGAACAGUUGCUGAAUGUCAGUAAGAACGUGAGUCUGGAGGAAUGUGAACGGUUACGGAUUGAAGUACGAAAUGCCGCCUGGAUACUAGAGUCUGAGGUAGAGAACUCAACGUUGUCGGAGCAAGAAAGACAGGAACAGCCCUGGGGUCUACUUAAUCUAUUUAAGCAUCCUGAAAAAUCUAUAAUACGUCCCAAUAUGUUUUUCAAGCCACGCAUGGUUGAGGUUAGUGAUCUCUUCGAGAAAUCACAAAACGGUGCCUCAACAAUGUCGCCCGUCAACUACAAAAACUCCACAGUGCGCCAACAGGUGCAGUCCAUCAAGGCAGCCACACGCAGCGAGCUGAAGCAAAUGCGUGAAUCCAGCACAGCGACAGCAACGGCAACGACGACGUCCACGUCCACAUCAAAAACCAAACGCAGCAGAUGAUAAAUGGCGGCAUUUCGAGACGACAAGGCCCGACUUAGUGUACAUACAUAACUAGAAAACGUAGCUCUACCAUUGACCACUGAAUUAGUUAACUAAAUGUUGUUCAUAUUGUUAAGCGUUACGGCCGAGCUAACAGCUAAGGAGGCGUACAAUUAUAAAGUACGAUUUUAUAGAUCAUGCAAUUAACGGGACAACUCUGUGGCUUCCCAUUGCAUUGCUAAUUACUGGCGUUAAGUAUUCUAGCUGUUUUUUAAUUAAUAAAAUUAUAAAUAAAGUGUUUUUCAAAAAUA